CGGGGUGAACCCGGGGGCCCCCCAGCACACACACGCACACACGCACACACACACACUCACACACACCCUUCCCUCUCGCUCUGAAGGGGAAGGGAGGAGGCCGGUCGCUGUCACCACCCCGCGGCCCAGAGAAAGGAGGGCGCCGGGCCGCUGGAUAGCGCGGGCUGCUGGGCCAUUGCGUGCCGGCCCGGUCCCGCACGGUGGGGUGAGGAGGUCCCCAGGUCCUGCCCUGAGUCUCCUCCCCGCCACUUCAUCCAUCUUUCGCUUGUUCUCUUUUCACCUUCCUCGUCUUUUUGUGUGUGUGCGUGCGUGUGUUGACUUUCUGACCCCCUCCCGUGUCCCCGCGAAUAGCGGGUAUCCCUAGGUUCCCCGCCACUCCCCCUCACCGCCACCACCCCUCUCGUGUUUACCCAGUUGGGGGGGCGGAUGUUGUGAGUGUGUAUCCCCUCCCCAAACUUUUUCACUGCAUUUACAUUUUUUUUUUCCCAAGUCUCAGCCGAGCCUUGGCAGCUGACACCUUCUCCCUCUGUCCAGCUCUCCCGCCGUCCCAUUCAGCCCGGGGAAUCCCCCAGCCGGGCCGGCCCGGGGCAGGCGGGGAGCGGUGGGGGCCGGGACUCCUGGAGGCCCGACCUUCUCCCGAAGCGCUUUUCUUUCUCGCCCACCUCGAACGUUUCCUCCAACCAAGUGGAGAGAGCAAACAAAGUCCGCUUACAAAGCCCCCAGAUGAGUCACUCUCUGGGAUGUUGGUCUUCGCUUUUUUGCAAGAAACUUGAAAGUGACUGUAGCCGAUGUGUUUUGGCAAUUCUCUUGCCCGCCCACUUUAGAUGGGGGACCCCUGUUUGGCAGAUCUAGGCUGGAACUUAUUUUUUUCCUGCUUCGUUUCUAUUUGCAAAACGAAGCAUUCAGUGGGCAGUAGCGAUGAGCUCACGGGGAAACUUCGGAACUGGAGGAGGUUAGGAAGCUCGUCACUUUUAAGUGCGUUCUUCCCGCCUCUCUGAGUUAUUUUCCUUUGAAUACUUCGUGAAAUCCCAAACGCGUAGCUGGGGCGCUUGAUACCUUUUGAAACUAACAGGAACGGAUGCAGAAUUUUCAAAAAACUAUUCUCCCAGCCACUGGAUUCAUCCUAGUGGAGUUAAUAUAGACAGUUGGAUAACUCAGAAAUUACCUACUGUGUAGACUGGCCUGUUGUUUUAAGACAUAUUUUUUCAAAUGUGGGCAAUUUGAUCUUUAAGUAGUUAUGGAAAUAUAUUUGGGCUUCUUAAAAUCUAAAAUACCCAACAUUAUGGAAUUCAUGAACUUCCCCCUUUUCUCAUUCUGAUCAGUGUUGUUUUAUUGUACUUUGAUGAGCUUGCUAAUAAUGUGAUAAACCAACUUGAAAAUGCAUUGGAAAAGAAAUGAUAUAUAACUAGCAUGCAUCCAGGUUGGUGUAAAGGUGGCAAAUACUUUCCCCAGAAAAAAGCUCAAAUGGUUAUUUUAAAAUAUGGGAUUGAUGGGCCACUGAAGUGAUUUUCAUGUGAUUAAAAACCAUAUUAAGCAUGGUGUCUAUAGAGAUUGAAAAAAAAAAGAGUUCUUCAUGUAAAGGAAAAACCCAUAACGCAUCUUUGGAAAGCUGGUUGAAAAAUCUUUUGAAAUACUUUUUUAAAGAUUAUUUUUCCCCUGGGUAAAACAAAUGCCAAGCGUUUAUUGAUCAACUUUUUAAUUCGAUUUUAUAUUAUUUAAUUUUUUUCAGCUAUUAAAAUCUUUUUUUCCACCUGAUGGAGAAGUGUGAAAACAAAUAUUUAAUCCUGGGCUUGGCAAUGUGUGCAGUGAAAUUUGUUGGAAAACUUAAAAUUUAGAGCCGAGAGCAGUUGAAUGGGUAAAGAGAAUAUUUCAGUCUUUUCUAUGGAAAGAGAACAAGUUGGGAAAACCCAGUUCCCCCUUAGAAGGCUUCAUGUAGAAGUGUGGGGAUCCUAGGAAUCCUCAGAGAGUGAUUCCUGUAGUGGUUCUACAGCAUUUCACCCAAGAAGCAGGGACCUGGUGUGACCCUCGUGUGAGAGUGAGCUUCAGCAAUGCUGUAAAAAUACUUUAUGUUGCCACAGACAUCUGAAUUGGUAAAAUGGCAGCCCAUGAAGCUUCCCAUCACCAACAGCAGGCAGCACAGAACAGCUUGCUGCCCCUCCUGAGCUCUGCCGUGGAGCCACCUGAUCAGAAACCAUUGCUUCCAAUACCAAUAACUCAGAAACCUCAGGGUGCACCAGAAACAUUAAAGGAUGCCAUUGGGAUUAAAAAAGAAAAACCCAAAACUUCAUUUGUGUGCACUUACUGCAGUAAAGCUUUCAGGGACAGCUAUCACCUGAGGCGCCACGAAUCCUGCCACACAGGGAUCAAGUUGGUGUCCCGGCCAAAGAAAACCCCCACCACGGUGGUUCCCCUUAUCUCUACCAUCGCUGGGGACAGCAGCCGAACUUCGUUGGUCUCGACCAUUGCAGGCAUCUUGUCAACAGUCACUACAUCUUCCUCGGGCACCAACCCCAGUAGCAGUGCCAGCACCACAGCUAUGCCAGUGACCCAGUCUGUGAAGAAACCCAGUAAGCCUGUCAAGAAGAACCAUGCUUGUGAGAUGUGUGGGAAGGCCUUCCGAGAUGUGUACCAUCUCAAUCGGCACAAGCUCUCCCAUUCAGAUGAGAAACCCUUUGAGUGUCCUAUUUGUAAUCAGCGCUUCAAGAGGAAGGACCGGAUGACUUACCAUGUGAGGUCUCAUGAAGGAGGCAUCACCAAACCCUAUACUUGCAGUGUUUGUGGGAAAGGCUUCUCAAGGCCUGACCACUUAAGCUGUCAUGUAAAACAUGUCCAUUCAACAGAAAGACCCUUCAAAUGCCAAUUUUCCUCCCUCAUGCAGACGUGCACUGCUGCCUUUGCCACCAAAGACAGACUGCGGACACACAUGGUGCGCCACGAAGGCAAGGUAUCAUGUAACAUCUGUGGGAAGCUCCUGAGUGCAGCAUACAUCACCAGCCACUUAAAGACUCAUGGGCAGAGCCAAAGUAUCAACUGUAAUACAUGUAAACAAGGCAUCAGUAAAACAUGCAUGAGUGAAGAGACCAGUAACCAAAAGCAGCAGCAGCAGCAGCAGCAGCAGCAGCAGCAACAACAACAACAUGUGACAAGCUGGCCAGGGAAGCAAGUAGAAACACUGAGACUGUGGGAAGAAGCUGUUAAAGCAAGGAAGAAAGAAGCUGCUAACCUGUGCCAAACCUCCACGGCUGCUACGACACCUGUGACUCUCACUACUCCAUUCAGUAUAACAUCCUCUGUGUCGUCUGGGACUAUGUCAAACCCAGUCACAGUGGCAGCUGCAAUGAGCAUGAGAAGUCCAGUAAAUGUUUCAAGUGCAGUUAACAUAACCAGCCCAAUGAACAUAGGGCAUCCUGUAACUAUAACCAGUCCAUUAUCCAUGACCUCUCCUUUAACACUCACUACCCCAGUCAACCUCCCCACCCCCGUCACUGCCCCAGUGAAUAUAGCACACCCUGUCACCAUCACAUCUCCAAUGAAUCUACCCACACCUAUGACAUUAGCCGCCCCUCUCAAUAUAGCAAUGAGACCUGUAGAGAGCAUGCCUUUCUUGCCCCAAGCUUUGCCUACAUCACCGCCUUGGUAAACAGUAUUAUAAAAUCAAAAUAUGGGUAAAAGUAAAUAUUUACCAGCAACUUAACUUUUAGUUGAUUAAAGCAAAAAGUAAACCAUGAAAUUGGGAGAUUUUAUUACAUUAGUUAAUAAGAGUGUGGUAGCAUUUUUCUCCAAUUUGGCUGGGAUUAUUCAAAGUAGGGUGUGUAUGUAACUUAUCACUGGACCACUUUAGUUUAAUCAGAAAUUCCUUUUAGCUGACAACAUUGCUUAAACAGGAUAGUAGUUGGCAAGAUGAAAUGCCAGAAUUAAAACCAAUCAUAAGUAGAACCCACUUCAAAAUAAAAAAACAGCAUUACUAUUUCUAAUCCCAAGGAAUCACUUUAUUGUAAACACUAGCAGAACUCUUCUCCCUAUACAAGGUGGAUGGCUGAUUUUAACCUGAAAUUUUAAAUCCACAGAUUGAGAGCUAGUGUAGAAUUGUCUGUGUUUAUUGUUUUUAUGAGUAAAUACAUGCAUUGUCAUAAUAAAAUGCAUUUCAGAGAAUAUGCAUUUUACCUUUGGGAAUAUGUUAAUUUCAGGCAGCAUUCCCUAUGGGAAAGGUGAUACCAGCUCUGAUAUGCAAAGCAUAUGAUAAUUUAUCAUUCUAACUUCAACGUAUAAUAGGGAUUGUGACCUGAUAUUUGGAGAUGUAAAUAUUGCUCAGCAUAUUAAUCCCGAUGGAAUAUAGCAUUGUAGUUGACUUUUUAAAAAAAAAAAAAUUUUAAAAAAAAUCUACAAAUUGUGUUUUGCUAAGAAAAGCCUCAACUGACAGAGGAGAAGUCAAGUGUGUGGACAGGCAGGCUCCUAAUAAACAGAGUCCAGUGGGAUUCCUAUUUAGGAGCCAAGGAGUACUUUGGAACAGUUCAAAUAUAUUGCUUUAAAUUGGAAGACGCUGGAGGCACUGGGAUGUGAUAUGCCCCUCUCUCUCCCAAUCAGAGUCUGUUGAUAUUACAACAGGGACAGAUGUGUUAGUUGCUCACUAGAGUUUAUGUCUUAUAUUAAAUUGUAUACAGUUUUUAUUCUAACCACUAACUAGGUAGUGUAUGCCCCUUCAGAACAUGCAGAGUGUAUCUUUUUUUAAAUUUCUCCUUCCGUUUCUUAAGUAUUGAGCAGAUUUGUUCAACUUUGUAAAUAUGGACAUCACUUUUUUUUUUCUUUGAGAAAACACUUGUAUCAGCUUUGUGGUGGUUUCAGGGAGACAGCUGUCUGCAUUCCCUGUAGAAACCCAGCAAUGAUUAUGCACGUUGAGACAUGUGCUUUUUAUUUCUUAGCAAGAUAUUUUAUCUCUGUACAUAAAGUAGAAACCAAAAGCUAGGGAAACAGAUACUCUUUACACCAUCAUGCCACGCAUUGUUUUUAAAGCAUUGCGUUAAAAAAAAAAACCAAGACGCUGUGAUUUUUUAAGUUGCAAUAUGUUUUUGGUUUUUUUCAUUUUUUAAUCAUUGCAGUUAAGAGAAAUGGAAAUUAAUUGUGUUAAUCUUGCAGAAUGUUUGCAGGACUGACUAUCAAACUGGAUGAUUUCCGUUUAUACCCUACUGUGUCAGUUCAAGCAUCAAAAUACCUUGCAUCUGAGACAGACUUCCUACAUCAGGGACAGGUAUCUGUGUGUCAUUAUACAAAACAGUUCUAGGGGGUUGAACUACAUAGUAAAAAAAUAAAAUAAAUAGUACUUAGUGUAAAAUAAUUUUAUAAAUGAUCUUUUGUACUUUAGGACAUUAAAUUGUACAACUUUUGUAUAUAUAAAAGCUUAGGAACUUUCUGUUUAGCAGGAAGGAAACACAUUCCUACACUUUUAAUGUAUAUGUUUGUUAUAAUGUCCAUGUAAACAUGCCCUAUGUUUGUGCCUUUUAGUUUGUCUCAAUAAACAAAAUGUAGAGAAAAAUAUGUAGCUAUGACUUUGUUACAACUGUUCUUAUCCACAGUACAAAAAUGGUUUGUUUUUAAUAUGUAGAGCAUUAUGUGUGGACUACUGGAAGGACUCGUGUAGGGAAAGCCCAAGAAUGACCUUGCUGAGGCCUGGAUUGGGAGGCACAGUGGCCACAUUUGGAGGAAGUUCACAUUUCCUGGCAUGCAGACCCAAAACUGGGUUCUGGCUCUGCCUGCUGGGAUCUGUUAUCUCUGGUGGGCUGGCAGUCAUAAUUCACGAUUCAGACAGCCCAGGCUUCCUCCACAGUGGUCCAAGGAGCAGUCCUCAGUGGGGGCAGGUGUGGGCCCUACCCCUAAGCUAGAAUGUGGUUGUCAGAACCCUGAAAGUAUUAGUUCUAAAAAAAAAAGAUAUAUACUAGAAAUAAUUGUUUUAUCAAUUCAUUGUAUAAUAAACAGGAGUGAGACUUCAUUGUAUGACUUCAGUUAAAAUACUAUUUUGUAUGCAUUCUUUAUUCACUUAAGAAGCUUGUCUGCAAUAAUAAAGCCACGUCAUGUCUUCUUUUGGGCGGGAGAGAGUCGAUGGCAGGAGGGGGUUUUGGGUGGGCCACUGAAAAGGGGUACCGAAUAGGUUGCGUGAUGAAAUUCUCGUGUCUUGGAACUGGAAUUGAGUUUCGAUGUUGAUGAACUGAUUCAACCAGGUGUUGAAGGCACGACGGCCACUGCUCUACGAAAAGGCAGAGUACGUUUUUCCCUUCUGGUUGUAACCUGGUUGAGAGCUUCCCCUUUAUCAGAUUGGCAGCUAAACAGUUGUAUUAGAUAAUCCUUAAAUCUGACAUCCAGCCUGUUAUGCUCUAGGGCUCGCUGCUUGGCCUGCGUUUGCUUUUUAUUGUGUAUCCGUUCCCCUCCUACGGUGUGCUCCUAAAUGAAGGUUUCUAUGUAAGCAGAUGAUGAUUUUACCUGUCAAUACCAGCACUGUAUUACUAACAUGCAAAAUACUGCAGAUUUAUUUUGAAAAUUAAAGUUAACCGGUCACAAA